AUGAUCAAAUCGUUGCAACCACAUUUAAUCUUCCGCUUCGGCCGUCCGAAAAGUGUACGGAAAUCUUCCGCUUCGGCCGUCCGUAAAGUGUACGGAAAUGUGAUGGGUGGCGACGACGCAUCGGAUGACGACGAAGACGAUGAUGACGAUGAGAUCAUCCGGAUGGAGGACGUGAACAGCAAGAAGCCGGGAAUGGACGACGAGGAGGAAACGAAAAGCGAGAACGACAAUAUGAUUGGGGUGGGUGGAGCCAGAACAGGAUGA